UUCCAAAUUUGUUCAGUAUCUACCCAAUUUAUAUUCCCAGUGCGAUUUAAAGUCGAGGAAGUGAUUGUUAAAUGGUGUAUAAAUGUCUUCUAAGGCCAUUAAAAUGCCGUCAGCCACGAAGGAUUCUACAAUAUUAAAGAUAGCAGUGGAAAUGCUCAAUGCCCCCGACAAAGUUCCUCAGUUAAUAGAGUUCGAUCAAAGCCAGCCUCUUUCUAGUAUUAUACAGCUCCUUUGCAAGGCGUGGGGCCUUCCGGAUCCCGAGAACUAUGCCCUGCAAUUUUCAGAGAGCAAUAACCAAAACUACGUUACGGAAAAAAAUCGCAACGAAAUCAAAAAUGGUUCUAUUCUACGAUUAGAACAAUCUCCCGCUAAGACAGUGCAAGAUAUCCUCGCGAAAAUAAACACUGGAAGUGACAUAGAACAAAUGAUGGCCCUGGAGAAGUUAUCUAAAGUAAGCAGUGAUCUCACAUUUGCUCUCGAAUUCAUCAACAAAAAAGGAUUAUCGCUCAUAAUAAACAACAUCGAAACGGGCAAAUUUAAAGUGAACUCUUUAAAGUUUGCUCUCAUGACAUUUGUGGAGUUGAUGGACCACGGUAUCAUAUCAUGGGACAUUUUGGAAAAUCUUUUUAUUAAUAAAGUUAUAAGUUUCGUUAGCAACCAAUCGAUUGCACAAGAUCCAAAAAUUAUACAACAAUGCUUGUCUAUUCUAGAAAAUAUUGUUCUGAAUAGUUCUGGGAAAAAUUUACAUGUAGAAAAAGAAAUAACAAUACCUAGUCUUAUUUCUCAUUUGGAAAACCCAGACAGAGUAAUACAACAAAAUGCCAUAGCACUCAUUAAUGCACUUUUUAAAAAAGCAGACCCAACUAAGAAGAAAAUGAUGGCAGACACUCUGUUCUCUAAACAAGUUCGCAACAAAAUAUAUGAGAAUCUUAUCACUAAGAAUGAAACGAAGGAAGGCUUGGGCACUGAACUAGCUUAUCAGCUUUAUGUGCUCCAAACUCAUAUGUUAAGUCUGUUAGAAACAACAAUGCAGCCCAAACCUGAUACCAACGAGCAGGAAUGGAAUUCUUUAAUGCUAGACAAAAUUAAAGAACUUCAUAAAUAUGCAUUUGAAAAUGAUAAUACUAAUUUGGAAAUAACCACCAGACGUCAAACUGGUAGUCUCUCGAAAGACAACAAAAAUAAACUUGGUUUCAAGUGUGAAAUUGAUCCAACAAAAGAUUUCAAGGAAGUGCCUCCUGGGGCACUAGCUCUGGACUGUAUGUUGUAUUUUGCAAGAAACUAUACAGAGGAGUACAGUAAAAUAGUGCUUCGGAAUAGUUGCAGAACUGAUGAGCACGAGUGUCCAUUCGGAAAGACCAGUGUAGAGCUAGUCAAACUGCUCUGUGACAUGUUGCAUAUAGGAGAACCACCGAAUGAACAAGGACAGACAUAUCAUCCUAUAUUCUUCACUCAUGAUCACCCAUUCGAGGAGCUCUUUUGUAUUUGCAUUGUUUUAUUGAACAAAACAUGGAAGGAAAUGAAAGCUACUAUGGAAGAUUUUAGUAAAGUUCUAAGUGUAGUGAGGGAACAGAUUUCCAGGGCUCUAGCUGAUGCUCCUCAAGGUUUUGAUGCAUUCCGUGUUAAGAUAAUGAAGCUAACAUACAUUGAUAUCACUAACCUGUGGCAGCAAGAACGUACAAACAGAGAAGUGUGGGAGUCUCAUGCGAUUCCAAUUAAGGAACUCAAAGAGAAGAUCACCCCGGAAAUUAUUGACUUAAUUCAACAGCAAAGACUAGGAGUGUUAGUCGGUGGAACAAGAUUCAAAAAGUACAUGAAAAUUAAUAGGAAAGACAAAUUCUGGUUUGUUAGGCUAUCACCGAACCAUAAAACUUUACAUUAUGGUGAAUGCGACGAAAAGAGCACACCCAGCUUAGAAGAACUAGGUACCAAACUAGCCGUGGCUGAUAUAAAAAGCCUCGUUGUUGGUAAGGAUUGCCCCCACAUGAAAGAUUUAAAAGGAAAAAUUGGUAGCAACCAGCUGGCAUUUUCAUUAAUUCUAAAAGGUUCGGAGGUUCAUUCUUUAGACUUUGUAGCUCCUGAUGAAUCAAUAUUUGACUAUUGGACCGAUGGAAUCAAUGCUCUCUUGAAAGAAAAAAUGACUAGCAAAUCCUUUGAGAACGAUUUGCAGACCUUACUGUCUAUGGAUAUCAAAGUUAGGCUUCUCGAUGCAGAAGGUAUAGACAUUCCACAGGAACCUCCUGUAAUCCCACCAGAACCAGAAGACUACGAUUUUUACUAUGACAACAAUUAAAAAUGAUAUUAUAUUCUUGAUUUUUAAAUUGUUAAUUUGCAUAUCUAUAAUAAUCUUGUCACUUUUAUAGGAGACCUCUGAAAGUAUUUUCAAAGACUGAUGGGUAUAAUUGAAAAAUUGGCCAUGAAUGUCUGUUUGUGUUUGAUAUAAUCACUUUCUUUAUUUUGUAAAAUCAAGUUAUUAACCAUUCCUUGUUAUAUUCCAUUUCAACUUAUUUACUUAUUUUUUGGCUUCAGCAAUUAUUUACUGAAAAUUGCAUUACAUAAUAUUAUUAUGUAAUAAUAUGUUAUUAUGUAGAUAUUAAUAAUUCAUACUUGGAUUUACUGAAUUGUAACUAUAAAUAUCUAUGUUCCAUGUUAAUAAUACUUUACUGGAAAUAUUACAGAUUGAAUGUAAAAUGGGUGUAAUUUUCUACAUUGUGCGUAUACUGUAGAUCAGCUGCUAUACUCAACCAGCGAUACCCCUAAGUAGCCCGCUUCAAGUCAAAUUCACGUCAUUUUUUAAUUCACGCCCACUGGGAAAAUAGUGCAAAGUAAUCGUGAAAUUUCUGAAAUUUAAUAUCACUGCUAUUAUAGACAGUGUCAGUCAUGACUUUUGCACAUAACUGUAAAAAAACAAAUUGAAAAAUUACCUAAAUAAAAUUAAUUACUCUGACCAUAGCACAAGUUUAAUGAAAACUCUAUUAGAAAUGACUUGCAAUAUUUUAUGGUAACCAGUAACAAUUUUAUUGAGCAAUAAUGUAUGCACAAUAUUGCAAUACUUUGUGGCCAUAUUUUUUUACACUAAACCAAAGAUAAUAAUGGAUAUUAUAUGAACAA